ACCACAAUAUCUUACUUCUUUAAUAUAUGUUGUCUUUUUUUAAUACCAAAACAUACAGUUCCAUAAAAGGCAUGGCAAAUGGUCACUGAGAAGCAAACGCAGACACUGACAGGUGGAUGAGGAAGUUCAUGUGCGAAAUUACCUCACAUUUCAAAGUAUUUGCGGGGAAGUGAAAAUGCAGAAAGAACGAGGCAUUUGUCUGAGACACUUCAAAAGACCGAAAUCCAUUCUGCUCAAGACAACCGUGAUCGGAGGAAAACAAUGGCCUGUGUUGACGUUGACAUGGACAUCCACGGAGGUGACGAGGAGCCGAGCAGAGCCGGCAGACAAAAGCUGCUUGCGCCCAAGAUACUAGAGUACCAAGCUACAACGCUCGUGCCAGACAACAAAGGGCAGCUGCACGGGCUGCUGCAGAAGCAGCCUGCUGUGUUGGGGUCUCUGCAGGUGGCAAGUGGUCUCUUCAGCGUUGGAGUGGGGAUUGUUUUCGCUGUGACCCAGAAUAUAGACGUGUCCCUCUUCACUUUGUUCAGAGUUGCCCAACUCACCGGAACGCUCUUCAUCUUUGCCGGAGUUGUGUCCAACCUGCUGUUCAAAUAUCCGGCAUUACUAUCCCUGUCCCUGAAGGUGAACUGUGGCUGCAUUAUUGUAGCUGUGUUGUCUGCCUGUCUGAUAGCUGUUGACUUGGCUAAAUGGAAUACAGAUAAUCAAUAUUUUUUGAAGAUGGAGCUACUGGCACUUUUUGUGAUGGUGCUUGAGGUUUUUCUCUCUGCAAUCCUCUGCUUCUGGUUCUCUAAAGAGAAACGUGCAAAAUCACCAUGACCGACCACAGCAGAACUAAAUGAACUGUUGUAUUUUUUUUUUAUUGGUACAUUUCGUGUAGCUUCUUCACAGACCGGAUUGUGGUCUGUCUCUGAUGUUUGACUGAGACCGAGAGUAUAAGGCUUGUGGUAAACGAAUGUCAGCUUGUCUCCUGUGAAGGAAAACCCUCUCUUUAUCCUCUUCAACCCCUGCAUCGUCUGUCUAACGGCAGCAGUGGGUCUCAGUUUGCAGUGUGUUCUCUUUUUUUCUCGCGUGCAAGUGCAUGUGGUUUGUUUUUUUGGCUGAUCUCACUUUGAAAAGAAUUCACACAUAGACUUGUGAAAUAUUUGUGUGAAUUAGAGCUUCUUUGUUCCUGUUGACUGCAGCAAAGACAUGAAUACUGCAGUGUGUGUUUGAAACAUUU